AUGAAUGAUUGUGGUGGCGUCUAUAUCAACUCUGGUAUCCUAAACCAUGCCUUCUACCAGGCUUGCAAGAUGAUUGGAGGGUUUGCCUGGGAAACUGCUGGUCCUGUUUGGUACAAGGCUCUAGUAAGCAGUAAACUCAGUGAAGAUGCUACAUUCAAGGAAUUUACAGACCUUACUAUUCAAAAUGCUGGCAAGUAUGAAAAGGAGAUCAAGGAAGCUUGGAGCCUGGUUGGGUAUCUAUUUAUUGAGAAUGGGGAUGAGUUGUAA